AUGGGGCUUCGCGAAGGCCUAAAGUUGGUUAACCUUAGAGGGUGGGAGAACAUUAUGAUAGAGAUCGACAACGAUGCCCUUGUAAAGAUUUUGAACAAGGAUACCGCUCCGGAUCAUUCAGACACAUCCAUGGUGACAGAGUGUCUUCACUUAAUGGCCAAUUUAAGGAGAGUUAAAAUUCUUCAUGUUUUCACAAAAGGGAACAAAUGUGCUGACAGACUUGUUAACUUGGGACAAGACGCUGACCGAGGAACUUCCGUCCUAGAGGAACCACCUGACAGUAUCAUUGACCUCCUUCAGGCUGAUGCCAGAGGGGCUCGUACUCGUAGGAUCGCUUAA